AUGUCUUCAAACCAAAUGAACACUCAAGUGGCAUCAUCUACAUACGUUCCAGUCGACGUGACCCAACGUCACGAAUAUGGCAUCCAGAAGAAUCGUAAAACGGCUUCUACUGGUGGUGGCAGAGCAUGGAGCGAGGAUGAGGAAGUUUAUCUCCUGCAAACUCGUCUUCAAAAAAUGCCUUAUAAGCACAUAGCUUCGCAUUUGAAAAAGACUGAAUUGGCUUGCCGUCUUCACUACCAUCAAUUGUCCCAUGGGAGCAAUCGCCGCAAGCGCACUAAUUCGAUGAACUCUUCCGAUAGCUCUGCAUCAGAAUCUUCGGUCCUCCCUCUUCGGCUACCAUCUCCAAUCAAUGAAACUACACGCCUCCCAGCGACACCACCUGCCUACAACUACUCACCCGGAUCACCUCAUCACGUUCAGCUACCAUCCGCAUCUUCACUCCUAUCUCGCUCAGCUUCCAACAGCCCUUCUCGAACUCUUGGCCAGCCAAUUGCUAUUCUACCCAAGCCAUGUCCCUCUCGAUGCGCAAUUACUGAUUCCACCGCCAAUCAAACCCUCCGUCUCGACUGUAUCAUGACGUCAACACCAGUCACCAUUGCCAGUGUUGACAAGGAACGUCUUCGUCGUGUUUACGAAGCUCAUCGAAACUCCUUCUGGAACGUCAUCGCAUCUGAGUAUGGUGGAGGCGUAUCCCCUCUGUUAUUAGAGGAAACCUGGAAACAAGAUGUCGCAUCCAAGGAGCCACCAACCCCAUGUGUAUCCCCAGAUAUGCCCGCUAUCAACCCAGCAAGUUAUCACUACAACAUCCAAGCUCCUCCACGAUUGCCAUCGCCCGCUCAAGAAGCCAAGAAUAACGCUACUAGUAUCUCGGCACUUCUCGGUAUCGAUGCUAGUCCUCGUAGCCCUAAAGAGAGAGAAAUGAUCAAGAGAUUGGAAGAAAGCAGGGAAAUGUCUUGA